GAUUUAGGUAGCUUCAAGACUAUCAUUAACUCAAUAUUCAAAAAUAUCGAAUACUAUUUCCCAGCAAAAAUUAAAACUAAAUUUCUUUGAUUAUAUAAAAACCAGUCAAAAUUUUUAAUGGAGAAAUUAAUUCCGAAGUGUCACAUUGUGCGCAAAUUUAACUGCAGACAAACCUUGUGAGUGUAACAUGAUAAAUAUUAAAAACCAGUCCAACCGGAUUAUGAGAGUCCGCUGAUUUAUGGGACCCUUCACAUAAAUCUGUGCAGUGCUCUCCAUAAGUGAAUAACCGUGGAUUGAAGAUAGUAAUUCAAUUUUUGAUUAAUCUAUUCAUAAUUUAACUUAAAAAAAAUAAAGACCAUGGAGAAUCGGAAGUAUGUAAAGAAAAGGAGUCUCUGUUUGAAAUAUGCAGCUGCUAUUAAUGCAUCAAUCACAACAGUCGGUUUUGGGAUAAAUAUUUCAUGGACCUCUCCAGCACUACCACAUUUGACAAAUUCAGUAUCUCAAUUUCCAGUAUCAAUCAUGCAAGGAGCCUGGAUAGCAUCCCUCAAUGGUUGUGGAUCAAUUCUGGGUUAUCUAUUGAGCAUCCCUUUUAUUAAUUGGCUAGGUCCAAAAAGGACAUUGUUAUUGCUAGCCAUCCCUCAAAUUAUAUCCUGGAUUCUGAUUUGUCUUGGGAGAAAUUGGAUCAUCCUUUGUUUAGCGCGAGUUAUAGGAGGCAUUGGAUAUGGAGCUGGUUUGUGUGCAACUUCUGCAUAUGUUGGACAAAUUGGAGACGAAAGUACUAGAGGUAUAUUCCUUACUCUGAUAAAAUUGACAAUUAACAUCGGUAUCUUCAUCACCAUGUUCCUGGGAGCCUUCCUGUCUUACAAUACUAUGAAUCUUGCUCUUUUGGGAAUACCUAUCAUCUUCAUUAUUUCAUUUUCCUUUAUGCCAGAUAGCAAUCAGUUUCAAAAUAUAGCUGUUGUUGAAAACGAGAACGAAGGUCUUGUAGGAAAUAUUGUUUUAAAAGAAAAGACAGUUGAUGUUCUAAAAGAAAAUACAGUGGAUGUUCUAAAAGAAAAUACAGUGGAUGUUCUAAAAGGAGAGACAGUAGAUGCUCUCGAAGAAAAGACAGUGGUUGUUCUUAACGAUAAUAUAGUUGAUGUUCUUCAGGAAAGGACAAUUGAUUUCUUAAUGGAAGAUGCACUACUUCUGAAUGAAACUACACUAAAUGGUUUUAAUGACAAUAAACAUGUUACAAAUAAAAACCAAGAUUUGAAAGAAACAAUACCUAAUGGCAAACAAAACACAAUAGCAGAGAAGAAAAACCUCUUAAAUAAUAAAAAACAAAAUAAAUCACAAAAAAGUAUCUUGUGGAGGCUUUUUGUUUUAAGAAACAAUCAGAAAGCUUUGUUGAUAAUCUUGGUUGCUACAUUGACAGAUAUAUUUUCAGGUCACAUGGCCAUUGUUUCAUACACUCAACAGAUUUUCGAAUAUAGUGGUGCAUCCCUAAAAGCUGAAUAUGCAGCAUUAUUUUUGGGAGCUUUGAAAAUAGCAGCUUCCUUAAUUUCCACUUUGGUGGUUGAAAAAUUUGGAAGAAGGGUUUUGUUUUUUUCAACAGGUCUGCUAGCUGCUUUGGCUCAUGGACUUGUGGGUUUAUUUUUUUUCUUGAAGAUGUAUCUGAAAGUUGAUGUUUCUUCUGUAACGUGGUUGCCUCUUUUUGGGGUAUCUAUGUAUGAAAUAGUGGGUAGCGUCGGAUUUAGUAGUUUAUAUUAUAUUUAUCAGGGAGAACUUUUUUCAAAUGAUGUUAAAGGGGUUGGGGUCACUUGCACAAAUAUUGCUUAUGAGGUUAUUGCUUUUGUAGUUAAAUUUUAUUUCCAAAUGGUCAUUUAUGACAUUGGGAUUUAUACACUAUUUUGGGGAUUUGGAAUCUGUUCUAUUAUUGGGUCUGGACUUACAUAUUGGAUAUCACCUGAAACUAAAGGAAAGAGUUUGGAGGAGAUUCAAAAUUUGCUAAGAGGUAGUAGAAAAAUUUAAAAUAACCUUCUAAAACAUCAACUACAUUUUCUUAUAUAUACAGGAACCCAGAUACUAUGUUAUUAAUAAUUCAUUUAGAAGGGUUUCUAUGCAAUUUUUAAAGGAU